AUGGCUAUCCUACAGGUCAACAAAGUGAUUGUUGAGCUUCUUUGCCGGUUUGAGCUGUCGGUGGUAGAUCCAUUGAAUCCUUGGUUAGCUUCUCCUACGGUAUCUUCCUUCAGCGACAUUUCUGGCUGCGAGUCACUGAGCGUUGAGGGGUCUUGA